AAAGGGAUGUAAAAUAAAUAUUAAUUUGGUCACACAUCUUGGAGGAUAUUCUUAAAUAAUUUGUUCCAUAACUUGCAAAAAAUUUGUAUUUAGAGGUAGCUUUGUUCUACCUUCUUUAAUUUUGCCAUGGUUGAAUAUUUUAAAACUUAAAAAUAUUGUGAAACAACUUUACACGGAGUCUACUGUAAUUAUUUUGCAACGACAGACAAACUAUCAGCUGUUGAACUUUGUUAUUUGGCCACCUAAGGAUGACGUCCACUACCGGGCUAUUGGUUGUGUCUCACGUAAAGCGCUUUGGGCAAUCUUUAAAAGCCCUGCAGAAGCACGAAUGUCUGAAAUCUUUGUACGUACAUCUUAAUGUCCCACCCACGAGAGUGCCCGUGCCCUCAUAUGGACGGUUAAUAUCGCAGUUGUACAUCGAAAGCAAUCAACACCUUCCUAAAAAGGAUUUUAAUAUUUUGGUGGGUACCCUUAAAAACCGGGGAACAUUUGACAAGCUUCACUUAAAGCCUGUUGACUAUAUAUUCUCGGACGGCCAACAUGAAGUAUGUGAGCAGUUACGUCAGCAACUUAACGUACAACAACCAAUCGUUUAUUUGUUCAAUGAAGAUAUAAAUGAUCUGGAAGAAUUUCAACAAUUGGAACCAGAAGAAAGAAUUCGAGUGUACAACAAUGUUGUUUUGGGUGGUACGUUCGAUCGGAUUCACUUGGGACACAAAAUUUUUCUGAGUCAAGCGGUAAUUCGAGCCAGCACCAGAUUGGUAGUUGGGGUUACUACAUCGAAAUUAACUAAAAGUAAAACUCUGCACGAGUUAAUACUUCCAGUGGAGAAGCGCAUUGAAGAAGUCCAAAGUUUUUUGACGGAAAUCGAUCCAACCUUGCAAUAUGAGGUUGUGCCGAUAGACGAUCCUUUCGGUCCCACGAAAAGUGACCCAAAUAUGGAUAUGAUUGUGGUCAGUGAGGAAACCCUAAGGGGAGGCGAAAAAGUUAACGAAUUAAGGCAACAAAAUAAACUAAAUAAGUUGGAAAUAUUUUGCAUAGAGCUCGUCGAAUCGAGCGACAAAAGUGGUCCCAAAGAAAGCAAAGUAAGUUCCAGCAACACUCGUAUCGAUUUGUUGGGAACACGACUAAGAAAACCCGAUCCAAAAACUCUCCCUCCAUUGCCCCAUAUAAUAGGCCUGACUGGUGGUAUUGCUUCAGGAAAAAGUAAAAUGGCUCAGCGACUACAAGGUAUGGGCGCACUGGUAAUGGACUGUGACAAAAUUGCUCAUGAAAUUUAUGAACCGGAUCAAGUGUGUUAUAACAAAAUUAUUGAGGAAUUCGGGACAGACAUUUUGAACGAUGACAGGCGUAUAAAUCGUGCCAAAUUGGGCCCAAUUGUUUUUGCAGACGCAAAUAAGCUAGAAAAAUUAAAUAACAUUGUGUGGCCGGAACUGAUGGUUGAAGUCAAUCGUAGAAUAAAUGAGUUAAGAAAGGGUCCUAACUGUCCGAAAGUGUUGGUAUUAGAGGCUGCUGUUUUACUUAAAGCUGGUUGGGAUAAGGAGGUACAUGAAGUCUGGUCUAUGAUUAUCCCUCCAGAAGAGGCAGUGCGUCGUAUCGUUGAACGAAAUGGUCUUUCAGAAGAGGAAGCAAGGCGUAGAAUUGCCAGCCAACCGUCAAAUAGUGAAAUGGUAUCCAGAUCCCACGUAGUCUUUAGUUCGCAGUGGGAUUCUGAUUUCACUUUAAAGCAAGCCGAAAAAGCAUGGAAAAUACUAAUGGAUGACUUAGUACAUAUUACAACGAGUAGCAACUUAUAGGAUUUCUACCCAGAUUUUCCGGCAAUAUAUUUUAUAUAGAUCAAUUCUGUUAAAUCGUGAUAAAAUGUAGCAAUUGUAGAAAUUUAUUAAGCAUUUAAAUGUUCAACAUCAAUAUAGCAACGGGAUUGAAUAAAAGACAAAGGUUUGGUGAAUUUUUAUUA